CUAACAAACAAAUCUUGUAUUGUCUCUCUUCUCUACCGGAACCUACCCACAAACGGCAAACCUUCCUCUGCUUGAAAUCUUCUGUUUGAUUUUAGGGGUUUGUUGAAAAUGGUGGAGAAGUCGACUCCACCAAAGGGAAUUGCAAGCAGUAAAGGAGCGAAAACCGAUCCUUUGUCUGUUUAUGAAUUUACUGAUGAUGAUUUAUCACUAGAAAUUAGUUCUGAUUCUGUCGAUUCGAAGUUGAAUUCAACCCCUAAAUCUGUGGGGAAAAUCUCCACUGAAAGGAGGACUCGCUCUCAGACGACUCACAGUCGAGCAGGUGUGGGUACUGAAUCUAAUUCGAAGAAAUCCCCUAGAGCGAAAGGUGAAUUAGCUGGAAAACGGAAGGAUGUUAAUUCUUCUGCAAAAAAUAUUAGAUCAAAAAAAAGAAAGGUGGAUGAUGGACAAAAGGAAGAAGAGCCUCCAAGCUCCUCCAAUUUGAAGACUUGGGAUUUCUACAUCCCACCAAACAAACAUUUCCACACGCGUGUAAGUUCGCACACAAAUUGUGAUGCUGUUACAUUGUUGAAAAGCAAGUUGGAUGAUAGACAGCUCCAGAUCUUCAGGGAAACCCCAUUCGGGUACUUUCUAGAUUUGCCUCAUGUAGUUGUACAGAACCAGCUUAUACAUUCCCUAUUGCUCAGGGAGGUGGUCCCAGAAAGAGAGGAUGAACUGUGGUUUAAAGUUAACGGAACCAAGUUGCGUUUCGGUCUGUCAGAAUUGGGGAUUAUUACUGGUUUGCGAUGUUGUGGUGAUGCUGAUAAGGGUUAUGAAUCUAGUGGUACCAAUAGGUUGAUGGACAUGUACUUUUCUGGACUUGAAAAGGUACCCAAGCAAUCACUGAUUGACUGCUUCCUCCAAAAGAGAUGGAGGUCGGACGAGGAUGCGGUCAAGAUUGCUGUGUUGUAUUUCAUACACACAUUCUUGUUCUCAACUGCUAAUAUUAACACAUUCAUCACAAAGGCUGAUUUUUGUAUUGUUGAGAGCGGGGAUUAUGAGACAUUCCCUUGGGGUAUACUUGUAUUUAGAGCCCUGAUGGAGUCCAUGAACAAUAGGUUGCGCGUGGGUCUAAAGAUGUAUAGGCUUGGGGGGUUACCUUUGGCUUUGCAGUGUUGGUUCUACGAGUGCUGCACUGACGUUGAUGGUAAGUUGGCUCACCGGGUUGACAACAAAGUGCCUCGUAUUCUUAAUUGGAAAAUUGAGAAGCAACCGACCUUGAAUGAGUUAUCUGGUGGGUUAUUCAAGAUCCGCAGGGACAAGUUGAAGUUUAAGAAUGUUUCUCCCACGGAGUUUGAGCAACUUCACUUGGAUUUACCUGAAUCAUCUGGAAAUCUAAAUGAUAAGGAGGUGGCAUCCAGAGAUCUUCCUGAAGCUCAUCCUAGUGAUGAUGACUUUAGCACUCCUCCUAAAAAAAGCAAAACUCAGCCCAAAACCAAAUCGGAUCCCCAAGUGAACAAUUUGGAGAGAAUUGCCGAGCUCAAACGACUUUCUGAUGAACAGUCGGAGUUGAAGAGCAAUAUUCGAGAGGUCUUUAAAGCAACUGAGUUGCUUAAGGAACAAAUGAUGGUGUCAUUUGCAGACGUCUUUAAAGCAAUCGAGUCGUUGUCGAAGAAACAAUCAGAAAAGGAUAAUUCAGAAGUAUUGCACAUUGAUGGAAGAGAUGGCCACCGUGACAGACAUGGUGAUGGCGAUUCCGGUGGUUUUAACGCUAAUGAUGACCAUGGUACUGAUGGCCCAGAUCGUGGCAAGGACUCCCUUGGUGACAAGGAGAAUAGCGAGAAAGUCAAUAUUGGAGCGUUGAGUGGAAUUACAAAUGCAUAAGGAAAAUCUUUUUUUUCCCUGUCCUACAUUUAAUGAGGGAAAAAAAUGAUUUCUUGUAGCAGAACAAUCCCGGUAGUACCUUGAAUAUGGCCAUUUUUUCUAGUAAAGUUUGCCUUCACGACACUACAGAGCAGUUUGAUGAUGAUUUGACUGAAGGUAUAACUAGGUUCCCGAGGUUGCAGAAUCUGUUGCAGAGGACAAAGCAAGACAGAGCAGCCAAAUGCAAGCUGUUGUAGAGUUUGAGUCAUUGUCCAAUUUCAACUUUUCUUAUACAGUUUAAGAUGUAUUUGGAAUCGACAGGAAGAGAUCUUCUUCCCUAUUCAAUCCACCAGUGGCAACUAUUUCAACUGGAUGGCGUAAUAGACGUGUACUCGAUGAGAGUGACAACCGUGGGGGGUAAUGCAAACCUUGGUUGUUGAUUGACAUCCAAGACCAAAUAAUGUGGUUGCUGCCUCAAAAGCUGUCUGUUUCCUUUCGGCAAGUUUGUUAUAACUUGGUCUAAGAACUUGCUUAUGUAAUUUUAUAGUUCCAUCCAUUUCGAUCACAAAAGCAUUUUUCGCUGUGUAUAUGUAAACUUGAUUGAAUUCAGUUCUAUGCAGUCAUUAUAUUUUCAUAUUAACAAUGAAAA